AUGGCGGCGGACCUCGGCGAGAACGAGCGGCGCGAGACGCUGCUGGAGCAACUGAAGCGCCAGCUGCGCGAGGAGGAGGAGCGUCAGCAGGAGGAGCAGCGCGCUCAAGCAGAACGGCAGCAGCUGCUACUGUGCGUCCCGCAGGCAGAAGCCCAGCUGCAGGCGCUGCGGCAGCAGUUGCAGCAGCAGGAGCACCGCGCAGACGCAGAACGGCAGCGCGCUGACGCAGAACGGCAGCGCGCGGAGGCAGAACAGCGGCGGCUGCUGGAGCGCGCACUGCGGGCAGAGCUCCAGCUGGAGGCAGUGAGGCAGGAGCUGCAGCAGCUGCAGCAGCAGCACCAGCAGCAGGAGAAGAAGGGGCAGUGGGAGGCUGGUGAGGCGCUCGGCGGCCAGCGAGCACCUUUGGCGGCCGUCAACGUCAAUGACCAGCACGUGGGCGGGCAGGAGCGUCUCCUCCACCUUUCGCCCCUGUCCAGGCAGCUGCGCGCCAUGCAGUUGGGACGCCAGCAGCAGCAGCAGCAGCGCCGCGCGGAGACAGACGGGGAGCAGCUGGAGCGCGCACUGCACGCGGAUGCCCCGAUGCAGCAGCUCGAGGCGGCGCGGUGCCGUGGCGGGCCUAGCGGCAGGUCACAUCAAUCCACCAGGGGAUACGGCGGAGAGGAGCUGGCUUUCAGCAGGGCUGACCGCGCAGGAGGCUCGCGCGAGGCCCGCAGCCGGAACCGGCGGCUGCCAGUGGAUGAAAGUGAGGAGGAGGAAGAGGAGGAGGAGGAGGAGGAGGUUGUGACCCGCCGCCGGCAGCCUGAUGGUGGCAGAGGCGUCAGCCGGGCUGUGCCAGCUGGGCCUGGCAGGGGCAAUGGCAGGGUCGACCCACUGCGGUUUGACACCAGCUCGUAUGAGCUGGAGCAGCCGGAGGAGGAGGUGCCGGUUGGUGCCGACAGGCAGCCCGACUGGGCGGCCCACUUGCAGCGAGAGUGCCGCCUGCUGGGGCCCCGCGAGGCGGCAACCAGCAUGGUGCGCCUGCCAGAUGGCAGCGCGCUGCAUGUGCCGCUGGCAGCGCGGCUUGCGGCCUCUCGCCAUCAGGGCCUGGAGCCAUCUCAAGUGCCAAACAAGGAUGCCGCGCCCCUGGGGGAGGUCAUGAUGUUGUGGACCAACGCGCCUGUGGACCUGGAGGGCGGCAAGGAGGCGCUGUACAACCUCAACAGCGGCAACUACUUGCCGCUGCUGACGCUGGCCCGCACAGGGGCGGCAGGCCGCACCCUGCAACCCACAGCGGCCCAGCUCAAGGCCAUGGCAAGUGCUGCCGCGGAGGCCUGUUGA